AUGUCUAACUCUUAUGAUUAUAUCAUUGUCGGCGGAGGUCUGACGGGCUGUGCACUAGCUGGUCGGCUGGCUGAGAAAGACGAGUCACUAAGGAUCUUGAUCAUUGAAGCCGGACCUAACGUGGUCGAUCAUCCUCUCACUAGCACUCCGUUGGCAUGCUUCGGUGCUCAUCACUCGCCUCUAGACUGGGACUACACCACGGUGCCACAGAAACAUCUUAACAAUCGCGAAUGCUACAACGCGGCAGGAAAGGCACUGGGUGGAGGCACAGCUAUAAACUACGGGACCUGGACCCGCGGGAACGCUACCGACUACAACCUCUGGGCAAAGCUUGUCGGGGACUCUAGCUGGAGCUACGAAGGUCUACUUCCUUACUUCAGGCGCGUCGAGACACACUACGAUCCCAAUGUUGACCAGGCUAUUCACGGUACCAGCGGCCCCAUCACCAAUACCAUUGUCGAGCUCACCAGCCCGGACCGGAAGUAUCCCCUCAAAGAGCCUGUUCGCUCUGCAUGGGAACGACUUGGCGUGAAGUUCAACCCUGAUGCCAACGCUGGAAGCCCGCUCGGCCUAGCUCACUUUGGAGAGAACUGGCGUGAAGGACAGCGUCAACUUGCUAGUGAGGCGUACGGAUUGUCCGGGCAUCAAGGCAUUACCACUGUUACCGAUACUUUGGUCGCAAAGGUGGUUCUCAAAGGCCAAGAUGGUGAGCAGGUCGCGACAGGAGUUCAAGUCGUCGAUGGACAAGAAUACCAUGCCAUAAGAGAAGUGAUUAUCUCUGCUGGAGCGUACCGCACCCCGCAGGUUCUCAUGCUCUCUGGAAUUGGACCUGCAGAAGAGUUGGUGAAACACAACAUCUUACAGCUUGUGGAUGCCCCAGAAGUGGGCCGUAACUUCCAUGAUCACAUGUGCUUCCCCCAAUGGUGGAAACUGCGUCACCCUGAACAGGGUCUCUCUAUGGGAACUCCCCUUUGGGAUAGUCCAGCGUAUGGCAUGGGGGUACCUUAUGAUUGGAACGUGACGCUACAGACUCCUGCAGAGGAGUUGAUCAAGGCGUUCAAAGCAGACGACGGGCAAAAUCCACCCGAAGAUCACCCAUACUUUGAGGCGGGCUUUGCGCACACUGAGGUUCUGGUCAUUUACGCACCGAUGAGUCGCGCCGUAACUGGCUUUGAAACAGCCAUGGAUGGCACGCACAUCAGCACGGCUGUCCUCUUGAUGGCCCCUACAGCACGAGGCCAGAUCACUCUGGCUAAUGCAAAUCCGGAAAGUGCACCCGUCAUUGAUCCCAACUAUUGUUCCAAGGAAGUGGACCGAGCGAUUUUCCGAGACGGAAUCCGGCGAGUGGCCAAGCUCAUCCUAAACACGCCGGAGGGUCAAGAUAUGGUGGAGCACGAAGUACCCAGACCGGGCAGUGAACCCAUCACACUCGAGUCCACCGAUGAGGAAAUCGACAGCAACAUCAAGAGUGGUGCGAUCACAUUCUUUCACCCAGGUGGCUCGGCGUCCAUGGGCAAGGUCGUGGACACUCAACUCCGAGUGAAGGGCGUGAAAGGACUGCGAGUUGCGGAUGCUAGUGUGCUGCCUGUGCCUCUGGCGGCGCACUAUCAGGCUAUCCUUUAUGCAGUGGCAGAAAAGGCGGCGGAUCUACUAUUGAACUAG